UCAAACAAAUGCUUAAGUCGAACAAUUCUCAAUAUUUUUUUCUUGCAUUCUUUCUUUCAUUUCUGCAGGAGAAGACGUAUCAUAACUACAACGAAAUCCGCUUCAUGCCCAAUCGGUUCAAGGAAUACCUGCUGUCUCAAGAGAUCGGCUUUGCAAGCUGUGAAGUCAUCGGUACUCCCAUCAACAAGUCUAAAGGUUUUAGACGACCCAUGAUGAUGUUCACCAAGCUACAGUCCAGUAGUCGUCCAGUCAGCAGAAGACCUUCCACAGAGAGACCUCCUGCAACUGUAACCUCGUCCAUUCCUGCGGCCGCUCCCCAACCCCUGAUGCAACCAGCUGCAAGCUCUUCUACCACCGCGACACCCAGUAUUCGAGAUGAGGCGAGGUCGAAAGUAAAGGGAAAACUCCUUGCAGAAACCAUUCCUACGGCUGCUGCUCAACCCUUGAUGAAGUCGGAGGUUAGCUCUUCUGCUGCGGAGACUUCAGGGUUUGGUAAGAAGGCGAGGUCGAAAGUAAAGGAAGAACCCUCUGUAGAAACCGUUCCUACGGCCGCCGCUCGACCCUUGAUGAAACCGGAGGUAAGCUCUUCAGGUAUUGGAAAGAAGGGAAGGUCGAAUGUAAAGGAAGAAUCCUCUGUUCCUGCCGCCAAUCCUCAACCCUUGAUGAAGUCAGAGGUAAGCUCUUCUUCUGCUGCGGAGACUUCAGGUGUUGGAAAGAAGUCCAUGUCAAAGGUAAAGGAAGAACCCUCUGUAGAAGCCAUUCCUACAGCAGCUCCUCAAUCCUUGAUAAAGUCGGUGGUAAGCUCUUCUGCUGAGGACACUCCAGUGGAGACUACAGGUAUUGGAAAGGAGGUGAGGUCCGGUGUGAUGCAGGAGCCAACGGCACAACCAAUGGCACAGAAGGAGGAGAUGGAGGGGGUAAAAGUCGAGGUGAUGGACACUGCAGAGAUCCCGGAGGAAGCAGAAAAGAAAGGUGUUGCCAUGACAAUCAAGCAUGAGGAUAACAAGGUUACUGAUGACACUACGAGUGAUGCACUUGCUAUGGCAACUGUUAAGAUUGAAGCAGAGAAGAUGGAGGAGAAAGGAUCAUCAUCGUCAACCACAACAUCAUCAUCUAGGAAAGACAUGGAAACAAAGAAAGAGGACGAGGAGGGCCGUAGAAAUGAAAAGGAUUCUGGGGGUACCACUUAAAAGUGUUCCAGAAAGAAUUUCACAAGACAAUCACUCUGAAAGCAGUUCAUACAAAAAUGACCUAUCUUACAUGUACUUGUACUUUUCUGCGUUAAAAAAGGUAUGCAAUGAACAUCAGAUAAUCAGAUGACCUAUUUGUUAAUGAUUGAGCGAGCACAAUUAUUCCCCCUAUCAAACACCAACUCUUAAUAUAAAGUGAGAUGAAGCAAUUUCUAGCUUGAAGUGUCUAAUCUUU